AAAUACAGAUUACAGACCCCGCUUUUCCCCCAACGUGCACUCCCUGAGAGCGAGACCUGAAGCAAAUUGAAAGUGCAAAACCUACAUGAAGCAAAUUGAAAGUGCAAAACCCUAGCCGCUCAUUUCCGCCGCCGUCCCAAGCUCCUCAGCGCCGUCGCUUCUUCCUCUUCCCCGUUUUGCAGAACCCAGAUAGCUCAGCACGUCUGUCUUCAUCUUCGUUGGCUUCUCUGUUCGUGGCUUGGAGUAGCUCGCCGUCGGGUCGCCACUUGCCGUCGGGUCGCCACUUGCCGUCGUCUCGCCUAUCGCCUCGUCUCGCCGGUUGCCGUCCGUCGAAGUUCGAUUUUGCAACUCUUCUCAGUUCUCUCUUUUCCGUGUUCUGCUUCUGCUUCCGCUUUCGAUUUCACCAUUGCUGCGUCCGCCACUUUGCCUCUGCUUCUGCUGUUCUCGCUUUAAGGUAGCUAAACGGUUUCAGGCAAUACUGAUAAUCAUAGAGUGGAGAAUUGUGUUUUGUGAAGUAUCAUCAGUUUUUAUGUUAAGAGGAUAUGUUGUAUGCAACGAGGUAUGCAAUCCUUAAACUCCAUCGCUUUCUUCUGCCAUCAUCGAACUUACUUGCUUUUAUGCCAUAUGCCCACCGUACAAGGCUAUGUCUUCUUCAUUCACAGCCGCUUCCAUCACGAGACGCUUACAAAUUUGAUAAUGUUGAAGAUGCUGUAGCUUUAUUUAAUUGCAAGGUUGAUAUGCAUCCGCAGCCAUCGAUUGUGGAAUUGACCAAAAUCUUGGGAACGAUUGUAAAGAUGAAGUAUUAUGCCACGGCUAUUCAUCUUUAUACCCAUAUGGAGUCAAAGGGCAUCCUACCAUUUAGUGUUACUUUGAACAUCAUGAUCAAUUGUUAUGGCCAUGCAGGUCAGAUGGGUUUUGCACUCUCGGUAAUGAGCAAGUUUGUUAAGUGGGGUUUUAAGCCAAGUGCUGUAACUUUUACUACACUAAUGAAGGGGUUGUGUCUUAAUGGUAAGAUUUUGGAUGCACUCUACAUUUAUGGUAAAAUAGUUGCAAAAGGAUUUUGGUUUGAUGAAGUUAUGUACGGAACCUUAAUCAAUGGAUUGUGCAAGUCUGGAGAAACAAGAGUUGCUCUUCAAAGGCUUUGGAAAAUGGAGGGUCAGUUUGUUAAGCCGAAUCUUGUAAUGUACAAUAUUGUUGUUGAUGGUUUGUGCAAAGAUGGACUUUUGAAUGAUGCACUGGAUUUAUAUUUUAAUAUGCUUGGUCGAGGAAUUUCCCCUGAUAUUGUUACUUACACUUCAUUAAUAUAUGGUUUUUGUCAUGCGGGCCAAUGGAAAGAAGCUGGAUUAUUGCUGAAUGUGAUUUUUGUUAAAGACAUCAGCCUAGAUGUGUAUACCUUUAACAUAAUAAUUGAUGCAUUAUGCAAAGAAGAGAUGCUAUUACAAGCCCACGAUUUGUGCGAUGUGAUGAUUCUUAGGGGCCAACAACCAAACAUUAUUACUUACACAAUUUUGAUGAAUGGAUAUUGUUUGAACAAUAAAGUUGAUGAGGCAAGAAACUUAUUUGAUAUGGUAAUUGAAAGGGGUGUUGUGCCUGAUGUUUGGAGUUAUAACAUCUUGAUUAAAGGUUAUUGCAAGAUUAACAGAGUGGAUGAGGCCAGAAAUUUGAUGAAAGAUAUGUUUCGUAAGAACAUAGUUCCAAACAUUGUAACUUACAAUACUCUAGUUGAUGGCUUGUGCAAAGCUGGUAGAAUCUCGUCUGCAAGGGAGAUUGUUAAUGAAAUGCAUUAUUGUGGUCAACCAUUCCCUAAUGUAACCACUUAUAAUAUCAUUUUAGAUUUCGUGUGCAAAAACCAGCAUCUUGAUGAGGCAAUUAGAUUAUUUAAAAGUCUCAUCUUUGAAAGACGUUUUGUUCCAAAUGUUUGGAGUUACAAUAUCUUGAUUAGUGGUUAUUGCAAGAAUAAAAGAUUAGAUGGAGCCAUGAAUCUUUUACAAGAUAUGUUCAAGAAUUUGGAUCCAAAUAUUGAAACUUACAAUAUAUUGUUACACGCGUUAUGCGACAGACAGCAACUUGGCAAGGUAGUUAUACUAUUAAACCAAAUUAUUGAUGAUGAUAUUUGUCCUAAUUUGUACACAUACAAAAUACUUGUACAUGGUUUAUAGAACUCUGGAAGAGUAAAAGAAUGCACAGAAGAUUUUUCAAUCAUUUUUUCAUCAGAGAAAAUCAUGCAGAUGUCAAAAACAUAAUCGAUCAUCUUUGUAAAAGUGGAUCAUCAGAAUAGGGAAGCCCUUGAUUUUACAAUGGGAAGACAAUUAAAACCUCUAGUGCUGUCACUUCUACAGAAAAGAAAAACGAUGAGGCACAAAUUUUUCUGGAAAUGAUCAUUAGAUGCAUGGCAAGCAAUAAGAUACCUAGGGAUUGGAAAAGUGGCGGCAUAUAGUUCUUUCGACCACAACAUUUUUGUUGAGGAGGCAGUGAUGGAGACUUUACCUGUGGUUUGGUUACUUCAAUUUUGUCUGAUGUACCAGGCAUAACAAAGUACUCUGAUUCAUCCUUUAUGCUUUCCCUCACAUCAUUGGUGCGCAAACUGAGUACACAAGAGACAGAAACAACUUACUUCGGCAAAAGAAAUCCCAGGAAUGCUGAUUUUGUUGGCAAUGUGGAUUGUAUGUGGCAAACAUGUAUCAGAAACUAUGUAGCUCGGCAGCGGCACCAACUCUUCGAAAACCUUCUCCACCGGUUCCCACAAAAAUGCUUGUUGCGUUCAACAAAUUAACGGCAUUGCCAAGUGAAGGUAACAUAUAAAAAUUCUCACACCCUUCUAGCAAACCAGCCUCUUGAUGUGGAAAUUGAUGCUGAAUUAAUUGAAUCUGAUAACCAGAAUCAUUGUAACGAGCAAAGGUUUGGGGUUUAUGUGAUUCUUGGUGCAUUUUGUGGGGUUGUGAUUACCAUGACAACAACAUUCUGCUGAAGCAGUAUUUUUUGCAAUGUCCAUCACUCGGAUCAUGUGACCUUGUGCCUCUAAAAGGAACCCAACGAAAUGGAGUUGUGAUGUUAUGGAAUCCAUUUUUGUUUUGGUUGAUAUCGUAACUAGAUUUAGUCCAUUGAAUUUGGGUGGGUUUAAUUCGUUUACUUGUGUGACAUCUAUAACUAACAUUCCUUUCUUGGUAUGUGUGUCUGCUUUGUUGUUCACCACACUUUAUCAAUUUAUAAUUAUAAAGAUGGCUAGCAAAAUAGUAAAACUACAUCCACAAGCUUCGUUGGUGAGACACGUGUUUCUUAUGUUAUUACAAUUCUGUCCUACAUAUACAUUGUUAUUUACAACCUCUGUCCUUUUUGUAUCUUUCUUUUAACCCAUUUGAAGCUGAAAAGGUGAGGGAACUACUUAUUUCUGGAAUUCUCUCCUGCAAUGUUUUGAACUGUUGCAAGGUCCCUUUUUGUCUACUGGAUCGAAGGCAGAGGUGGCUUCAGCAAUCCCCAAAUCACUCUUUCGAGUUCAAAUGCUGCUUUGUGAUUGGUUUCGUGGUAUAAACAUGGGAUUGCCGAGUAAUUAUCUUGUCAGAGUGAUUCCGGAGCAAGAUACUAUCCCAGAAGAGGUUGCAACCACCGACUAAGAGGGAUUUACAGCGACGAGGGUCAUACUGAAAAGCCAACCGAUGUGGACGGUGGAAAAAGUCAGGAACAGAUCUGAGAUCGACGUUAGUCUCCUGCUAACAGGAAAUGAUGUGUUGUGCAUUUCUUUGGUUCAAGUCAGGUUUACCUUUCCGAAGCAGUGCGAGCUGAGUCAUUUUGAGCAUACUUUCCAAUAUUGGUUCAUAAUGAUGAUGAGUGUGUUCAGAACUUCAGAUAGUGAAGGAGACAUGGGGGUUUCAAGUGGGAGACAUGCAAGGCACUAUACCCGUUACACUUGGGCUCUCAAGACAGCAUUCUUUCCUCAGGUUCAUAAUGAUGAUGAGGUAAGGGCGUUGUUCAUGCUGCUCUCCAACUCAAGCAAUUGUGUGUUCAGAACUUCAGAUAGUGAAGGAGACAUGGGGGUUUCAAGUGGGAGACAUGCAAGGCACUAUACCCGUUACACUUGGGUUCUCGAGACAGCAUUCUUUCCUCAGGUUCAUAAUGAUGAUGAGGUAAGGGCGUUGUUCAUGCUGCUCUCCAACUCAAGCAAUUGUGUGUUCAGAACUUCAGAUAGUGAAGGAGACAUGGGGGUUUCAAGUGGGAGACAUGCAAGGCACUAUACCCGUUACACUUGGGCUCUCGAGACAGCAUUCUUUCCUCAGCUUUGUGAACUCGUGUGAAUCAACAAAAAGAAGAAGAGUACCCUGUACCAAACAUUUAUGGCAUCGUUUUGAAUAUGUAUCUAGAUUCUUAGUCGGCGUGCCAUUUAUUACUGCUGCAAUGCAAUUGAUGAUUGAAAAAAAAAAAAACAGAAAAAAAUAAGAUCAUAUUUUAGUUAAUCCAUAAGCUCAAGAAACGUAAUAUAGGAAUGUAAGAAAAGUUUUGUGCAGGGUAAUGCUGUUUGUUUGUUUUAACUAUUAUUAAAAAUCAAAUGAAAUGUUGUGGUAUUUUUUCUUUUUC